CUUCCUCUCUUUUCUUUUGCGUUCUUCCUCUUUCUUCUCAUUCUUUAGAUUUUUUCCUCUGAGGGUUUCUCGGGACAAAAAAAAUACAUAUAUAUUUUAUUUAUCUGAGAAGAAGAUUCGAGAGAGAUCUGAACAGAGUCUCUGGAAUGGCAACGCUUCAGUCAUGGCGAAGAGCUUAUGGAGCCCUAAAAGACACCACCAAAGUCGGACUUGUCCGAGUCAAUAGCGAUUACGCCGAAUUAGAUGUCGCCAUAGUGAAAGCUACUAACCAUGUCGAGUGUCCUCCCAAAGAUCGUCAUCUUAAGAAAAUUUUCCUGGCAACAUCAGCAGUUCGGCCUCGAGCAGAUGUUGCUUACUGCAUUCAUGCUCUCUCUCGACGAUUGCACAAAACCAGAAACUGGACGGUUGCACUGAAAGCACUACUUGUCUUACACCGGCUUCUGAGGGAUGGUGAUCCUACAUUUAGAGAGGAGCUAUUGAAUUUUUCUCAAAAAGGACGCAUUAUGCAGAUUUCUAAUUUCAAAGAUGAGUCUAGCCCAACCGCCUGGGAUUGUUCUGGGUGGGUGCGUGCUUAUGCAUUAUUUCUUGAGGAACGGCUUGAAUGCUUCAGAGUUCUGAAAUAUGACAUGGAGGCUGAACGUCUUCCUAAAGUUUCCCCAGGGCAGGAGAAGGGGUAUAGCAAAACAAGGGAUUUAGAUGGUGAAAAACUCCUGGAACAGUUACCAGCGUUACAGCAGCUUCUGCAUCGUCUCAUUGGUUGCAAGCCAGAAGGUGCUGCAAAACACAAUCGCAUAAUUCAAUAUGCACUCGCUCUGGUGUUGAAGGAGAGCUUUAAAGUCUAUUGUGCCAUCAAUGAAGGAAUAAUCAAUCUAGUAGAAAAGUUCUUUGAAAUGCCAAGACAUGAGGCCAUCAAGGCCCUUGAUAUAUACAAGCGCGCGGGUCUGCAGGCUGGCAAUCUUUCUAAUUUUUAUGAAGUUUGCAAAGGAUUAGAACUUGCAAGGAAUUUCCAGUUUCCUGUUUUAAGAGAGCCUCCACAAUCUUUUCUUGUAACAAUGGAGGAGUAUAUGAGAGAUGCACCUCAAAUGGUCGACGUCACAUCUGGGCCACUGCUUCUGACCUAUACGCCGGAUGAGGGGCUUGAUUCUGAAGAUGUUGAACCUUCGCAUGAAGAACAUGAACCACCAUUGCCUUCAGAUGGUACCGUUGUUCUAUCUGAAGAGACUCAACCUUCUUCGCAGCCUCCUCAUUCAGCAGAAACUCCACGGAAUAUCAUUGAUACAGAUGAUCUACUGGGUCUGAACGAUGAUGCACCUGAUCCGUUAGCAAUCCUAGACCAAAAUGCACUUGCUUUGGCCUUGGUUUCCACUGAUGAUGAUUUUUCGACGUUUGGUUUUGGUCAAGCAAGAGAUUUGGAUUCGUCAGGAUGGGAGCUUGCCCUGGUCACAACACCUAGCAAUGAUAUAUCUGCAGCCACUGAGAGAAAAUUGGUAAGAUGUAUUCUGUAUUAUUGAUAAUGGCAUGCAUCA